CACUUGGUUCAACAGAAGAGGCUACUUGUAUCAAUAAUCACGCAGCACAUGCCCCAGUCAAUGCAAGCACUACUAAUGAUAGUCUGCCCGCAGAGGAUUGUGUAGGAGAUACAACAAAAGUAUUGGAAAUAAUAUUAAAGUUCAUUUACAGUCUCUCGUGAAGAAUACAUAACUCUUUCUUCUUUUCAGAUGGAAGAUAAGUCUACCAAUCACAACCAGAAAGUUAGCAGGCUACCUUUGAAUAGUGACCUUAAGGAUCUGCAAUGUUCUUCCUUAUUGCCAGAGCUGAAGAAUGAAACAUGUAAACCAUUUUUGACAUCACACAAGGAAUAUGACUUUAAACUUCAAAUGGCGGAUGUCGAUGUCACGACAAAGUCGACAAAAAGAAAAGUCAUCGUCAAGAGCUCAUAUUUUAGGCAUAAACUAUCGGAUGACAAUGAUCCUGAGAACCAAAAUGAUGGCACCAAUGUGAAUAAUGAAAAUUACGAUUGCACUUCUUGUGAUUGUCCUGUGCCUAAUGGUGCAUCAUGUGGAAAUGCAUGUCUAAAAAGUGGCAUGAAGAAAAGAAAGCCAGUCAAUAUCAGUGACAAGCAACUGGGAGAUCUAGGAUCGAAGAAUGCACGGACAACUUCAACUUAUUUUGAAGAAGAUGGUGAAGCUUCUGAUUCUAGCAACAAAGGCAAAGAGAUGCAGGAGACUGGAAAAUUUGGAUGCAAUAUUUCGCACCUGAACAACUACACCGGUAUAGCAGAGAAAUCAAUGGAAAAAUUUGUUGCGCUCAUUUCGUCCUACAGAUACACUUCAUCAGGUUCACGUGCAAGUGGCCUUCGUGCCCCGCUAAAAGAUGUACAAAAUACAUGUUCUUCAAGGUAUGUCUUCUACGCUUCAUCUGAACAAUCAUCCGAAUGUGUUUCUAAGAUUAUCUCCACCGCAUGAUCCUCAUUUUUUGUUGUUUUGUUUUAAAUGAAGGCGGACUGUUGCACCCAUCAAUAUCAACAAAUUUGCAUAUUCAUCCAAAAAAUAAAGAUCGUCAGCAGGAUCUUCCACGUGAUGGAUAAUACUAUCAUCUGGGAUCUGUAUGUAUAAGUGGUCAUGCUCAUUUAUCCCCAUUUCUUCUGGCUUUUCAACGCCUUUCAUUCCCAUACUCGUUAUUCAUUCACAUUGCUACUCAAGGACUGAACAUUGUCUUUCUAUAUUUAUGCUAAUACAUGUUAGAUUUUUGUUCCUCAUCUUUGUGUUUGGUACUUGGAAGUAUCUGCAAAUUUGGUGAAAGUGAUUGAUUGGGCUACAAGUUUGAAUAUGAAGUAAUAAGUUUAGGUGUCAGGUAAAAGGUUGACGAGUCCAACCGAUGUAAGGUUCGAUAAAUCAGAAUUAGUGGCUGCAUGGUCAGUUGUUUGUCACUUCUUUGUCACCAUCUCCGACUCCUAUCAUCCAUCAU